AACUCAACCACAGAAGACAGCAGUACAACCGAAGAGACAGAUCCUCUUAUCAACGAUGAGGAGAGGCAGAUUUACGAGGUGGUCACGCUGGUGGUCAUCAGCAGCACCAUCGGCCUCUUCGGCAUCGCCGCCAACAUCAUCAACAUCGUCAUCUUCUACAAGCAAGGCCUCAACAACACCGUCAACAUCGGGUACAUGGGACUCGCCGUGUCCGACCUCUGCAGCCUCAUCACCAUCGAGUGGUACUGCCUCUGUUUCAAUCCGCUGUUCAUCAACUCCGACAUCAGCUUCGUCCCGCCGGAGAUCCAGCAUCUCAGCGGCGGACAUCCCCACGGCUGCUUCGCCAGGAUCACGGCCUGGGUGACCGCCUACAUCACCGUGGAGAGAUGCCUCUGCAUCACGUUUCCCCUGAAGGUCAAGCAGAUCCUCACGCCCAAGAGGACGACGUCCAUCCUCUGUGUUAUUUACGUCAUCAUGAUGCUGCCCCUGAUACCAGAAUACGCCACUGCCUACGCCGGGUGGAAAUUCUACCCCAAUCUGAAUAAAACGCUGGUAGGACUCGUGUUCACAGACGACAGGAAGAAGUAUGAGGGCCUCAGCUUCCUUCUUCUGGCUGUUCUGAUGUUCAUCUCUUUCCUACUGGUAGUCGUGUUCACGGCCAUUCUGGUGGCCAAACUCAAACAAAAGACCCAGUGGCGCCAGAAAUCAACGUUCGACAGCGCCCAGUCCGACAACUUCACCAAGCGUGACAAGGGCGCCCUGAAGAUGGUCAUCGUCAUCGCCAGCAUCCUGAUCAUCAACUUCGUCCCCACCGUCGCCUUCUACACGGCCGUCUUCAUCAUACCUGGCUUCAGCAUCACGGGGCCGUACAGGAAUGUUUUCCGUGUGUCCGCGGCGUUCGCGUUCAUAUUCGACUCGCUGAACUCCAGCGUGAACAUCAUCUCUUACUACACGAUGAGUUCGAAAUUCAGGCUGACCUUUCACGAGCUCUUUUCCGUAUGCCGCGGGCGGAAAAUCCAGGCUGCGUUGAAAAAACCUUUCUGAAAAUAUUGUCGUUUGCGAACGUCACAUAUGUCCUACCAACUCGCUAUAAUCUUUCACUUCAGGCGAGAAAAUGUAUAGAAUGCAAGGGAAGAAAC